AUGCGAGUCUAUCCCCUAUUCGCGAUUGCUGUGACGACUGUCGCUGCGGCAGUAUUUCCCCGGGAUGCACCCAACCAGUCGAUCGGCGUUAAAACCAUCACCAGUCCGAAUGGUAGCACGAUUCGGUAUAAGGAGCCCGGCGAGGAGGGUGUUUGUGAGACUACCCCCGGGGUCAAGUCCUACAGUGGGUAUAUUGAUAUUGCGCCCGAUAUUCAUGUGUUGUUCUGGUUCUUUGAGUCCAAGCUUUUUGAGGAACUUGGACCCUGUACCGUAGCAGAUAGUAUGACGACUGUUCUUCGUGAUCAUCCCUGGACUGAGGUUUCUAACCUCUUGUUUCUCUCCCAGCCGGUGGGAACAGGCUUUUCUUAUAGCACAGAAGAAGUUGGUAUCCUGGAUCCCACGUAUAUGACAGUAGAGUCGACCGCCGAUAAGUCGGAAGAAGGGCGGUGGUCCGUCAUUGAUGUAACUACGAUCGACAACAGUCGUUUGGCGGCCGAGUCUGCCUGGGAGCUGCUUCAAGGCUUUUACAGCGUCCUUCCCAGCCUGGAUGCAGACGUUGAAUCGGCAGAUUUCAAUCUCUGGCACUGGCUAUCCCGGACCGAAUCAUUCGGCAUGGAAGGCCUCUUCUAUCGGUUCGGUGAUUGUGGAACCUAUGAUAUCACGAUCUGGAGAGGAUGUUCUGUCCCCCCUAGCUACUGGCGCGCUUACCUCAACACCGCACCCGUCCAAAACGCCCUCGGCGUAGAAUUAAACUACAAAUCAAGCAACCUCAUCUACAUGGCCUUUAGUCUCUCUGGCGACUUCGCGGCACCGUAUCUCCUCGAUCUAGAAAAGCUCCUAGAACUAGACAUCCAAAUCUCUCUAGUCUACGGAGACGCUGACUACAUCUGCAAUUGGCUCGGAGGGGAGGAAAUUUCCAAGGUCGCCAAAUGGUCCGGCCAGGAAGCCUUUAAUGAAGCAGGGUACACCAACCUUAUGGUGGAUGGGAAGGCAUACGGCGAAACGCGCCAGUAUGGAAAGCUAAGCUUUACCCGAGUUUGGGAAGCUGGCCACGAAGUCCACUCCCUGUAUAAUCACUGCUCUCUAUCUAUUGAUAUGGGUCUGAAUGCUAACUCGGAAUUGUCGUAG